GGCCUCGUGUGCGCGGCCCCGCGGCGCCGAGCCCGUCCCUGGCCGCUGCUUGGAGGGAUAGGGCGAGCGAAGCGACGAGGGUUGCGUUUCCUUUUUCCAAAAGGAGAAAGUUUCACGGUGCUCCUUCAGGUCUGAAACUUAGUAACUUUAUGGCUAUCAAAUAUAACUUCGGUGAAGCAAAACUUUAUUAUGGGAUGCCUUAAUACAGCCACUCUUCUCACAGAAACCUGUGAGUUCAGUUCUGUAAUUACAGGGGUGCGUAUCCGAGCGUCUCACACUCUGCAUAGUUCUGUUGCCCUCUGUCAGCAGAAAUUUUAAUGUGGCCAAGUGGUGAUGAGGUUAUGGAAUGGAAAUUACUAGUUUUUCUUUAGAUUAUAGUUUCAUAUUCCUGUUCACCUGUGGCUGCUGGAGUUCUAAAUCCAGGAAAGAGGAGUGGUGAGAAAUCUGUUAUUGAAAAUGGAGGAAAACUUAGGAUCAGACCCUUCUGGGCCAGUCUAGCUCUACCUCUGCUCAGAUUCUACAGCAAUUUAAAGCAAAGUGAGUUUAUUGGUUUGGCUUCCCGGUGCUGUACAAGCUCUGGCGCCCCCCAGUCCCUGCACUGCUUGUGCUCCUCUGAACGCAGGAGUGAGUUGAUCUGCUCUGGUGACCUGCCUGAAAACUACCUCGUUUUUGGCCAACUCAGCGCUCUGUGUUGCUUCAUCAUGUAAUUAUGAAAGUGUCGAUGCUGUUGUAAAGGAGUUACGGAGGAUGGCAGGAUGACAAGCUCUGACUUAAUAAUCCUAAAAUACCGUGAAACAGCAUUCUUAGUUACUAGGGGUGGAGUCAGCUGAAAUGUGAAACCCAGCUUUCGACUGGUGUAACUAGUUAAAAAGAAUUUUUUCCCCCGUGUUUUUGCUUUUGUUCAAGUUAAUACAGAUUAUAACAUGAACUUAUAUUUCGUGAUUAAAAACUCCUUGUGAGUGACUGAAAUCUACUGGUUCUAAAUAAAAACAUGAAAAACUCAUUGUGAGUGGUUGAAAUCUACUAGUUCUGAAUAAAAAUAUGAUUAAAAAGACCAUAUGUAUGAUGUUUGCUUUCCUAAAGAAAACAUGCAGUUUAAAUGAAGCAAACUUUUGUUGGGUAGAAGAAUGAUGUAAAUAAAUGAUUUGUACUAUUAAACACUGAAAUGACUUUAAGCUGCAUCGUACUGCUAGUAAGCAAAAGAAGAACCAAGUUUAUUUUAAAAGCUAUACUGUUUCAGUAUUUGUACUAAAAGUGUAGUUUUAAAAUAUGAGUGGAGAAGAACCUCAGCAAGGUGCAAGAAGCUUCUUGCUGCAGUGAUAUCAGAUGAGAGAUGAAUCUGCCCCGUGUUGUCAAAUAGAAAAGUUUUACUAACUGAGAAAGUUCUUUUCUAAAGGUCUCAAGCGGCACAAAUAAUUCCACUGCAUACAGUUUUGUAGGGGCAUAUCUCCUUGCAAAACCAAUGUCUGUUGUCACCUGUGUGGGAAUUCUUUGCCUAUAAACUGAUGUCAAGCUGAACGCUAAGGAUAAACAUCCCCUGUUGUAAGUUAUUGAAACAUGCUGUUUGUGCAAAAAAUGCAUAUGUAACACUUACUUGUGUGUCAGACUCUUAGAAAAGGCUUUUGUUUAAGGAAAAGCUCUGUCCUGUGGCUGUUAAGAAAUGUCCCACUGAAUGUUCCUUUAGAUACAUUUGUAAAUUUUUCUUGAAUGUUAAACUGCAUUACAUUCGCUUUUCUAAGUGACAUACACAUCUUGCUGAAUGUACUGGUGUUUUUCAGUUUUUAUACAUCAGCUACUUCUUCACUAUGUGCAUUCACACAGUGCUAUGGCCACCUGUCUGUUUUAUGCCCACUUCUGACUGUCUUGUGAUCAGAGAAUAUCCUGAAGGGUGCAUAACCUUACAGAGUAAAUUGCAUUUAGAUCACCUUCUAAGCCUGAAGUUUAACAUUUUGUAUGUGUUAAUAGUAACUUUCAUAAAUGGGUUGCUUCACCUGUGUUCCCUGAUAGCUGUAAAAUACAGUUCGGUAAAGCAAAUCUAACUAUCAUCUGAAGGCAUUCGUGCACUCAGCAGUGUUUUUCUGUUUUCUUUAGCCAAGAAGUAUUUUCUUUGCCUGAAUGGUUUGGUAUAUGCCACAAGAGAAGAAAGAGCUUGAUCAUGCUCUGGGAUAGGGGAGGGAGAUAUUGGAUUUUCUGUUAAUUUUUGGAAACAUGCAAGCCUUGAAUAAGGUUUUAGAAUACUACACCUGAAAUAAUUUAGCAAUGAUGAUGACAGGUUUAAGAAGAAAUAAUUUAAAAAGAAGUACCAUAUUGAAACUAGAGCUACAGGCUGAGGCAGGAUGCUCCAACAAACAUCAAAAUUCACGGGAAUUUACUGGGUAAUCAGUGUGGUAAGAAGUUGUUUGUUUCAAAUGCUACUUUGGUCUGAGGAACAAGAGGACUGGAGACUAAAGGCUUGUAUCUAUCUUGAGACUUGAUAUAAGCAGCUGAAGAACACUUUAAGAAUUUAAUAGCUAAAUAUCUUCCUAAGUGCCUUGGAUGCAGGACUGGAAGGGAUACUUAGAAAGUUUGCAAAUGAUACAAAACUGGGAGCUGUUGACUCCCUUGAAGGCAAUAUUUUGUCAAAAUUGCCACUUCAGUAGGCAGAUAAUGUUCAUAUUUCUAUAGAGGUCCAAAAAAGUGCUAUUCUAAUAGAAAUUUUGAGAUAUACAGAAGGAAUCAGCCUUUUGUUAGUUCUGUGAAUUUAGUGAGGUCGGUGAAUUUGACCCUGCUAAAAUAGAACAUGUUUCCCUUACACUGUAGUUUAGCAUUUUUGUGCUGCCAGCCAUACCGUUCUGCUAUGUGCAGCACUGAUGUUUGAUUGUACCAGUCUCUAACUGCUAUGGCAGAGGGAGAGUUAAGUGGAGUAUAGUGCAUGGGAAAGGGUAGAAAGUAUAUCCACAAGCUUAGGAGAGGAGGGUGAUUGUGACAGGUUCUUUCCUUGGCCUGUACACAACUGUUUUCAUCAGUAUCAGAGCUUAACCAGCAGUUUCACCAGUUUGCCUCUCAGCUAUUCUUAUUUGAAGAAAUUGGUCCAGAAACUGUUGAAGAACUUCAAAAUAGGAGGUAAACUUAACAGGAUGAAACACUGAAUGAUUUGAAGUUGAAACUUCAUUUAAAAACUGCUGAAUUUGACAAGCAUUUGACCAGCAAAUAUUAUUUUGCUUAGGAAUGUUGUGAAUGAGUGAAACGUUAUCAAGAUUUUUCCAGUUAAAAAGUUUAGGUAUCAGACAUCUAGCAUUGCGUUGACUAUCUCCUAUCCAAUAAAGCCUUUGCCUCUAUGACAAAACAUGUCAUAACAAAUUUGUGGUAUUGCUGCAAAUGUUCAGAAAGAGCUUUUGAGGAGAAUUAGAAAUUCUUAGUGCAUUUGGGAAUUAAGCAUCUUAUCAUCCCAUUUUUUUACUCCUGUGUGAUUAUGAGCAGAAAGGAAAUUCAUCCUUCCUGUUCUGCUGCACCUGUGGGCUAUGCUGUAGGAGAAACAUGGGUCUGUCCAUUGGUUGGUUCAUGCAGUUGAUAAAACGUAAAUUGUUAAUGAAAGGAAUUAUGACAGGAACGUAGUCAUCAGGGCUGCACCCCUCACCAUUUGGACAUUCUUCUAAGCUUGCUGUGGAGUUACAGUACAAAAGAUGCCACAUGGAUUGAAAAGUAUUUCUGACAACCAUGAUGUCCAUUAAAAAAGGAGGUUACCACUGAUUGUUGAGGCAUUUCUUAUGGUUAAAACUUGACUUGCCUGAGCACAGGGCCUCAGUCUUCAUGACUGAGGAAUAGACCUUUUCUAUGUCUGCAAUACUAAAAUUUCUACUACCCAGGGAUGUUGAAGCUAGAUUAACUGAUAAAGGUGGUUAAGAAAUGGCUAGUUGCUUAAGAGAAAUAUGCUUUGAAUUGGCAAAUAGAUCACUGAGAAUGCUUUUUUGUGACACCAGUGAUUUUUGAAACUUCGUAUUUCUUCUUUUUUAUAUUUUUGACGGUGGAAGGUAUUAGGAAUUGUCCAGCCCAUAGUGUGAUGGAGGCAAGGCUGCUGCAUUUCCAUGUUCCUGGGUCCAGACCGUAGCAAAGCACAGCAUUUGUUCCAAUGGGACCAGAGGCUCUUUGUGCAUGCACACAUAGCUGGCCACAGAGGUCAGCACACAGGAAACCGUGCUUGCACAACCACAGACAAGCAUCCUGAUGCUAUUCCUUUCUCUGACUGUUCAGGGUAAAAGAUUUUAGCGAAAAAUACAUCAAUGUAUGUAGGGUGGAUUCCUCCAGUAGCUAGCCUUAGACGCUUGGUCCAUCUAGGAAUGGGCUCCUGGUCCUCUGGCCUUCACUGUUGCUGACAUGAGUGUAUGAAUCCUUGAGGCUUGCAGCCCCAAUUAAUUUUCUGAUACUCACGCCUUCUUGGAUGUGCAGACACAUGUACAGGUGAAUGUGCUGGAUCUUUUCAGUUACUGGCCUUAGCCUUGUGGCAGCUGGCCGCAGGAUUGCCUUAUCUAAGGGAGUCUUUUGGAUAGCUGGUCCUUACCUAUAGCCUUAAACAUUAGCCACUCCUCAAAGCCCAGGUGGCCAGCUCAGACUUUCUGGUGUUUCCAGUUGUCAUCCCUCAGACCUUAAUCUCUUGUGGCUGUGUAAGAGAGAGGUUUUUCAGUAGCUCAGACUCACUGUUCUCUGCAGAGUCAGGCCCAGUCCUGCGCCCUGUCUGACUCCUGGCUCUUGAGCCUCUUGCUCUGCUUACAGGCUGGUCUGGUUGCUGGUGGUUCCAUGCACUAGCAUGCACACACCCGCACGCUGUGUGCACACAUGUCUCUCCAGCCCCUGGCUCGUGGGCCCCUGGGGUCUGUGGCCAUCUUCUCAUUUGCAGGCACUUUGACCUCUGUAUGUGCAGAUGGAAUGGAGCCACUCCUGUCACCCAGGAAACAGAAGUAUUCAUAUGUGACUGGACCCUCUUCUCUCUGUUUUUGCAUUCUCCCCAGUCCACCUUGGAUGCUGCAAUGAGUCCUACGCCCUUUCAGGCAGUAACCCCAUCAGGCAAUCGGUAAACUGGCCUGGAGAGUCUCUCCUGUUAUCUAGGCUGGUGGAUGGAUCAUCUGCCUGGUUCAUGGGCUCUCUGCCCGUCUGAAUCAGAGCUGUGUUAGGGUACUCUAUGUGUGUUGGUUUGUUUCACCUGACAUUAUUUUCCACUUUCUAUUUGUGGGGACUGGCCUUUAAUCACAUAACAAUAAUAGAUGUGAGCAAAAUAUCCCUCUGUAGUACUGAAGGUGACUAUUCCUGUCUGACUAGUAACCUCUCUGAGGUAACAGUGAUUGUGCCUGUUUGCAAACAGCUACAAUGCAUCUCCCUGGCUGUGUAAAGUAAGUGUUUGUAGUCCAAGCUUUCCUCAAAUUUUAUUUCAAGUAAAAAAAUGAGUGGCAUUUUAAAUGACCUUAUUGUGAAUGACAAGAUGAAAAUGUCCAUUUAUUCCAGUCUCUUAAUCCUUUAUAUAAUAAAAACUUGGGGGCAUAUGGUAACGUGGUCAAUUUAGAGAAAUUGCUGUUGACAGGAGAAUGUCUUGCGCUAACAUUAGGUAAAUUGCAUACCUACGUAUCCUGUUUUAAACAUGCAGUUUAUGAAUCAAACCCAAGGCUGAUAAUCUUGUGCUAAAUGGAAUGUUGGAAAUGCCUAACAUGUCAAAGAAAUGACUUAGCCACUACUUCAGAUUUGCCUCUUGCCUUGGUAGUUUGGGUAGGGUAAUUCUCAAGAGAGCUAAGAAAAUUCUUGUUGACAAGUGGAAAAGGAAUCCCCUGUAAUAAUAGCAUAAUAAUCUUCCAAACCAGAAAACUCUUUUGGAGACAUUGUCUAUUAAUUUAUCCUAAAAGUAAUGAGAAACAUUUACUUCAAAAAGCUAAUAGUAGAGAUCAUAAGAAUUGUUCUUCAGAUAAGUGCAAGACCUUAUGUGCCCUGAAGUUUUUAUAAAAAUUCAAAAGCCAUAAAGAGUAAUGUAAGAAAGAAUCUGGCAGAGAGAACUCAUGGUUUUAUACUUUGGUAAAGACAAGUGCAGCUAUCCAUGAAACAGAGUUGCAGUCUAUAUUUUUAUUUUUUGUACCUGGGUAUUCAUUUGUGGAGAGCAUUCUUAAGUGAUGAAAUAAAAUUACUUGAAAAUUCUUGCAAACACAUUUAUCUACAGAAUACAAGGAUUUCCUGUGAUCUACCAAAGAACUGCACCAUCCCCCACAGCACUUAAAUGAGGCUUUGUGAAACGCUGUGUUUAUCAGGUCGUUUUUCUCAAGUGUUACAGAAAGCAGAAAUUACACAGCUUGACAAUCUUUGAUGCUAUGUUAAGCUAUUAUUGUCUGGUGUUUGCAAAACAUUGGCCUUUACAGGUUUCAGAUUACAUGACCAGGAUGAUACUGAUUAAUUUCAAAGUUGCGAAGCCAACUUUCAGUGGAGUUCUGAGCUAUAGUUCUUAAAUACCUUUUCAUCAGCAGCUUUUGUGUCAGUUUUCUUCUUGCACAUGUCUUUCAUUCACAGAUACUAACUUUCAAAGGAGAAUAAACACUACUGGCUUUGUAUCACCAGGGCAAGGAGCAGAGGUCUCUUGCUUUACAAUAUUGUGCUUACACAUUUCAGAUCGUAAUUCUUGAUGUUGACUUUUUCACCAGAACCUUUUAAAUAUAUAGUUUUGUUUCUAUUAUAAAAUAUUUCCUAUAUUGCUGUUGCAUAAAAUGUAAUGGUGAACUAAUAAACCCUGCUCUUUUUUUUAGCUGUUAGUGUAGCACAAGUCAAUAAAUUAUUAGUCUUGCUAUUAGUGUGAAGAAAGAAAACGUGUGUUGUGAUUAUUUCUGUAUCGCAUUAACCAUUUGUGAUGAAACAAUGGAAUUCCUUGGUGCUGCUAAGUCCUGGCUUUUUUAAAAAUCAGAUUUGCACGUUUGCUCUGACUAGAGUAACGGAUGAAUAGAGAUUUUGUUAAAUGGAUUAUGUAACCUCGAAAAUGAAAAGUUACAGUUGCUCCUCCACUUUCAGUGGACAAAGGUAUUGAAAAGGUGGCGUUCUUUCUAGCAGUGUAAGAAUUUGUCUGUAUCUUUCUGGAAUUCCUAUUGGAUGCUGCCCUCUGAUGUUUGUGGAAUGAACUGCUUUUGGGAAGCUGCUUUUAGAUAUGAUUAUAUGAAAACACAUCCUUCUGAGAAAAUGCAUCUAGCAGUGGUGGCCUGUGGUGAAAGACUGGAGGAGACUGUUACAAUGUUGAGAUCAGCCAUUAUUUUCAGCAUCAAACCUCUCCAUUUUCAUAUUUUUGCUGAGGACCAAUUGCAUGAGAGUUUCAAAGACAUACUUGAUGAAUUCCCCUAUGAAGGAAAAGUUAAUUACACAUUAUAUCCAAUAACAUUUCCAUCUGAGAGUGCAGCAGAAUGGAAGAAAUUGUUUAAACCAUGUGCUUCACAAAGACUAUUUUUGCCAUUAAUCCUCAGAAAUGUGGAUUCAUUACUAUAUGUUGAUACUGACAUCUUGUUUUUGAGGCCUGUUGAUGAUAUUUGGUCUUUUCUGAGAAAGUUCAACUCCACACAAAUUGCUGCAAUGGCACCAGAACAUGAAGAACCUCGUAUUGGGUGGUACAAUCGAUUUGCUAGACAUCCCUAUUAUGGAGUAACUGGAAUUAAUUCUGGAGUCAUGCUAAUGAAUAUGACACGUAUCAGAAGAAAAUAUUUCAAGAAUGAUAUGACACCAGUCCGGUUACAAUGGGGAGAAAUUCUAAUGCCACUACUGAAGAAAUACAAGUUGAACAUAACAUGGGGUGAUCAGGAUCUAUUGAACAUUAUGUUUUUUCACAAUCCAGAAAGUCUUUAUGUCUUUCCUUGCCAAUGGAAUUACCGGCCUGACCACUGCAUCUAUGGAAGCAAUUGUAAGGCAGCUGAAGAAGAAGGUAUAUUUAUACUUCAUGGAAAUAGAGGUGUUUACCACGAUGAUAAACAACCGACUUUUAGGGCUGUCUAUGAAGCAAUAAAAAAUUAUUCAUUUGGAGAUGACCUGGUUCAUUCUCUGCUGCAGCCCCUAGAACAGGAAUUACAGAAAACCACGCAUACAUACUGUGGGAGAGUAUACAAAGUAUUCAUAAAACAGCUUACAAAAAGCGUAAGAGAUUUGUAUGCCAGAAGAUCAAAGAGAAGGUGAUUUUUGACUCCUGGUUGUUACAUGAAGAGACUGAAUUAACAUAGCUGGUCAAAAGGUGCAAGAAUUCUAUUACAGUUUGAAUGGGCUCUUAAUGUGCCCAGAGAAAAGUUUACUAGCAUACAAAAAAUGAAGAAAAUAUACAUGUAAUGAAGAACAAGAACUUUUUUCUGCAAAGGUGACUUUUUGGUUUUUUGAAGUUUAAUCAGUGCUAGUGUUUAUCUCAUAUCUGAUUAUUUGGGUGUUACUGGCUUCUAUGGUCAGUACUUGUAGUCUGCAUAAUUCAGUUAUCAAAUGAUAAAUGAACAAGGAAGAAAUGAAGAUGACUCUGUUUGGGAGUGUACCUCACAUAUUGUCUAAAAUUCUCUUAAACUGUGAAUGUAGCAAUAACUGAGUCAGCAGCACUAACCUCACUUUAAAGGUGUGAGCCUUUAUGUAAACAAAGUUGUUUACAAGUGCAGAAAAUACCCUCUUGUUAAAGAAAUGUGUUGUAAUCAUUGACAAUCUGUAUGUGCCUUUAUAAUGUUCAUCUCUUACAUGUUGAAGUACUGUUUUGACAAUCUUGUUUAUCUCAGCUGUAAACUGCACACUAUAAAUAUGAUUUUUUGAGAAAUUAAUGUCUAGUAUGUGAUACUGGUUUUCUCUGUUCAUAAAUACAGAAACUUUAUAUUAAAAUAAUUUGUUUCAACAUUGUAGAGCCAUUAGCACCAAAAGGUAGAGGAGAACUGAGGGGGUUUUAAGUAAAAAUCCAGUUUGAAGUUACUUGUCUUCCAAUACUUUUUUAAAAUUUCAUGGGUUUGCAGCUUUAUAGGGCAAUUUGGAAGUAGAAAAAAAGCCCAGUGGUGGAAAGCUGUUGCUGUUGUAUUUUCAUACUAGGAAUUAUUACCUGAUUAUUGUUUUAGAGUAUGUAGUAACUGAAAGGAAAGAGCUGUAGUAAGACUUCUGAUGCUUCAUCAGACUGUGUAGUAGAUGGAUUUUUUAGAGAAUAUAUCCUGUUAUAAUAUUUUUUUAAGAAAUGGCUUUAAAAUAGUUUUGGGGCAGAUCCUCAGCUACAUGAAUGCAUUACUCUCAAUGGAGUGACAGUGAUUUGCAACAGGUAAAGAUUACGUUUCCUCCAAUUAUCUUAGUGAAAGAAGAAAAGCUUCUGUUUGAGUAAUAACUUUUUCUCCAGAGAAAACCAUGAAGAAAAGGGCUGAAUUCUAGUGUUACAGUAAAAUAUUUAAACUUGCAUGGUAUGAAAUGUAUUUGUAAAGUAUAUAUGAACUUAGAUAACCUGUCUAAGUGAGAUGAAGUCUUCAUAAAGUGAGCUUUUGGAUUCCAGGACAGUUCCUGUGUGUUGAACAUGGAGGAUCCACUCACUGACUUGCACCUUCAUCCCAACCCCAUUUUAGAAAUGUAAUUUUUGUACUUAUUUCCUUGUCAAAGAUAGACUGGCUCUGACUUCCAGAUCCGUGUGAGCUGGACAAAUACUCUAGCAGUACAAAAACACACUACUGUCAGCAGAAUUUGAAUCCUGCUUCUAAUUUCCCUGCAGGCUCAGGGUAUAAAUUUUUGGGAUGGAAUCUAGGAAGCAGUCUGCCUCUCAUGUAGGUCUCUUUUCCUUGCUGUGUAACCUUUUGAUGCCUGAAAAUGUAGAAAUCUCUGUGAAGGUGAAUAUUGUAACUGACUGAUUUUACAAUAUGCAGUGCAUUAUUUUUUUACAUAAACACUGAUUUUUA